UCUUAUUUUAUGUACUCUUUGAUGCAGUAGAACUAAAACCAAAAUUAUAUCGUAUAAUGUCUUAAAAUUAAAAUAAAUAAAGCGUUAUCGCACUCUUUUGCUAAGAUAAUAUAACAGUAUUGUUGCCGCGAUAAGUGACUGCUAUGUUUAUUUAGGGUAUAACGAUGUAACAGUGGUGUGAAAUGUGUUUAAAAAACAGUGUAUAUUUUAUUAUUCCCACGCUCAACUGCUGAAAAUAACAUUGUAGAUGUUAAUGGAAAAUAACGCAUAAUGUCUGACUACGAUCUUCAAUUCCAAGCGGAUCUGGAAAAGGCUCAGGCUUUAAGUUUAGAAAGUUUGGCUCUUGAACAAUUUCGAAGACAGAAACUACUGUCUAAUACAGAUAAUGUCCGAGACAAUUUUGCAAGCAGUACGCGUCGACGCGACGACAGCGAAGGACCCCCGCCGGCUCUGCCGCCGCCGCCAAGGAAGCCUCCGCGAGGACGAUUAUCCACAUCAGAGACAUCUAGUGACCGCUCUACAGGCACCAGCCCUACUAGAACUGAAAGCAGUGAUCUGAUAUCCUUCACAAGUCCCACCACUAAGACAGCUCCAAAGGACUCCCAUGCCUCUCUUAAAGAGUACAUCGAUCAGAUUACCAAAUUGGGGCAACAGACUGAAGAAAUAAAUCUUAAUGCCCCAGAAACCCCACCUACAAUGAAUAAUCAUCCUUACAAUCAAAUACCAGGGUAUCCAUACGCGGCACAAUAUGGGUACAACUAUCCACCCCCGUACAACCCUGUGCCCCCGUAUCCAGCAGCCGCACCAUACGGCAUGCCUGCGCCCAUGCCUCUAGCACCUAACAUACCUGCAUAUUCAUAUUAUACUCCAAUACCUGCUUCACAAGACCCCUUAACUCCUUAUGUCCCAACAAACCCACCUUUGUAUACACAAACAAUACCAUAUAGCCAAACUAGAAUGGCCUCUCCGACCCCAUAUGUCGGAUAUCCACCUCCUAAUCAACCAACCUAUAACUAUAACACGACAAACAUGAUAUCCAGACCAACAAGACCAGUUAGUUUAUACCCCCAACUCAGUCAAAUGCAUUCAUACCCGCCAAUACCUUCCAACCCAUCCAAUAUGGUUCAAAAUGUCAGUCAAUCGAACACCCAGCAUACUGUGAAGACGGAACCAUCAAGAGAUAGUGCGGAGAGCAAUAGCUCGCGUAAAUCAUCUGAAGUUAGUGUUGGGUCGAACGAGUCAAACGACGUAGUGGGCAGUCUGCCCAAAUCCGCGAACCUGAUCGACUUUGGUGGGCGGCAGGCAGGUAGCGUAAGAGUCAGUGUGCUAGAGGCCUUCGAUCCACUACUAACUGAUCACGUACAUUCCGAAUACGCAGCGGCAAGUGAAUGCAGCAGCGUGUACGAGGAGUAUGACCCGCUGGACUUCCUGUAUGGAGAGACGGAGAUGCGAGACACGCCCGUGUACGCGACCGUGAACAAACGCGACACGCUGCCCUCGCCCCCGCCAAAAUCCAUACCUACCGUGCCUGCGCUCGCUAAACGACCCACUACGAAUAAACUUUACGAUUGCAUCGUGAAGAUUAGAAAUAAAAAUUACGACAGUGAACAUAAGGCGUUUUUAAAAUUAGUACUCGAUGUUAGAAAAAAGUUUGUGUACUCUGACGAGCGCACGAACCCGGGACACGUGAUCGCAGCGCGCUCUGGUGGCCGCUACCCGCCCAACACCAGUAUUAAGAUCCUAGUACAUCAUGCUCACUCCGAUGAACCUAUCAUUUUUACUUCCGACGUUGAAUCGACCGUAGAACAUGUGAUCCUGACCGUAGUGUGCUCCCUUGAUGAUGAUAUUAGAGCAGAUAUGUCUGGAUACAUGCUGAGAGUAUGGGGUGCCAAAGAAUAUCUAACAGCGGGCAGUUCUCUGAGCGAGUACGACUACAUCCGCGAGUGCGUGCGUCUGGAGAAGGACGUGCGUCUGUUCCUGCACGAGGGCGGUGACUGCGCACUGGGCCGCGCUGACCGGGACGACGCGCGACACGCCCACCUCACGCUCGACGACCUCAUGCCUGACCUGACCACGCUCAGCUUCGACAACCUCUCUAUACUGCUCGAGACACUGGAAGGUGAAUUAUCUCGUGCAGUUGGUGUGGUGGGCGCUGAAGGCAGUUGCUCUCCAAAGGCGGUGUUCCAGGCGGUGAAAGCUAUCUGCGCGCUCGCCGGUGGUGUCGAGACUUUGCACGUUACGUACACACUCAACGCCUUCGCGCAGGCCUGCACCGCACAGGGCAACGGCAACGCAGUGACUCCAGAGAUUCAAUCAGAGAAUGGUCCCUACUGCCAGGUGUCGGUGCGCGCUGCGACAACUCGCGAGGCGGUGGCGCAGCAGUGCGCACGCGUACGUGACACUGUGCGCGCACUGAUCGCGCUCUACACGCGCAUGCGCCUGCUUGACUUCCAGCUCGCAGAUCCGCCCAACACACCCUCGCAGCCCAACAAAGCUGUUGCGGCGCAUAGUAUAUCGGAGACGAUGCUGUUCUGUAUCGAGGCGGUGCACUGCCUGCCGAUGUGCUGGAGCCAUGACGAGUACUUGUUCCACGCGCAGAUAUACUACGGCACGCGCCCGUUGAAGACAGUACACGCCACGCAUUCCUCUAAGAUAGAGUGCGGUGGAUUCUAUCCGAGAAUUAUCUUCGAUACGUGGUUGAAUCUAGAAGAUAUGCCUGUGAACACGUUACCUCGCGAGUGUCGGUUGGUACUGACGCUGUUCGGACGCACGCAGCGGACGGACGACAGCCAGCACCAGGCAGCUGAGGCCAGCCAGGAGGAGGAGGAGGGAGGAGAGACGGGCGGCGUGCAAUAUGAACAGGUCGAGCUCGGCUGGGCCGCCAUACAGUUGUUCGACUACGACUGUAUGCUGGCGUCAGGCAACUACGUAUUGCCGCUGUGGCCGGCGCAGUGCGACCGGCGCAUCGGGCCCGCGCCUCACCCGCUGCACGCCCCGCCCGCACCGUACCCACUCAUCAACAUUGAGAUUCCAAUCUACACUCGUACGGGCGUGAAGUGGACGAACGGGGACGAGGAGAAACAGAAAAACAGCACGCAAGAGGAGCUGCCGGCCUUCGACUCCUUGGAUGGUCACACGCAGUCUCAGCUGCUGCACCUCAUAGAGCAGGGCGCCUACCAGAGGAUGCCUACUGAGGGGAGAGAGGUGAUGUGGGAGAAGCGCCAGUACCUAGUGGAGCUGGCGGGCGCGCUGCCGCUGGUGCUGCUGGCCGCCACCAGCUGGUAUGGGGAGCAUCGCGCCCAUCUCGUGCGUCUGCUGCAACGGUGGCAGAAGCCCUCGCCGCUCAACGCCAUGCAUCUUCUGCUACCCUGUUUCCCCGACAUGGCUGUGCGGGAGUUCGCGGCGGAGUUGAUCAACGGCAUGUCGGAUGAUGACCUGAUUAGAGUACUGCCGCAACUUACGCAGGCGCUACGCUACGAAACGUAUGAAGCCAGUCCACUUGUCGAGCUCUUGCUAUCCCGCGCACUUUCAGCGCCGGCCGUCGCGCACAAACUGUUUUGGUUGUUGGUACACUCUUUACCAAAUGUGCCUCAGGCUCCGAGCCAAGAGUUCCUGGGUAUCUCGCUGGAGGAGAACGCGAAUGAAUGUACGGAGGUGGACGCGACGCUGACGGCGACGUGGCGGUACCGGCUGCUGCUGCGUGCGCUGCUAGCUGUCUGCGGGGACAACCUCACACGCACGCUACUCAGACAACAGCUGCUAGUCAAGACGGUGUCGGAGGUGGCCCUGUCAGUGAAGUGCGCGAAGGAGGGCGUGCGUCAACGAGCGCUAGCUGCGGGUGGCGAGCGGCUGGCCGCGCUUCUGCGUCAAGAGCCUGUCGCAUUGCCCCUCGCACUGCAUAGAUACGUGCAUGACGUUGACAUCAAAUCCUGUUCUUAUUUCUCAUCGAACACUUUACCUCUCAAGAUUAACUUCAUCGGUGUAGACAAUGCAGUUGUGCCGGCGAUGUUUAAGGUUGGUGAUGAUCUAAGACAGGACGCGUUGGUGCUGCAAGUGAUAAAGGUGAUGGACACGCUGUGGCUUAAGGCGGGCCUCGACCUCAGGAUAGUCACCUUCCAAGCCCUGCCUACAAGUAACCAAAGAGGUAUGAUAGAGAUAGUGUGCGAGGCGGAGACGCUGCGCGCCAUACAGACGGAGUGGGGGCUGACGGGCUCCUUCAAGGACAAACCCAUAGCGGAGUGGCUCGCCAAGCACAACCCCUCAGAGCUAGAGUACCAGCGCGCUAGGGAUAACUUUACUGCUUCGUGUGCGGGGUACAGUGUGGCCACGUACCUGCUCGGCAUCUGCGACAGGCACAACGAUAAUAUCAUGUUGAAGACUUCAGGACAUCUCUUCCAUAUUGACUUUGGCAAGUUUCUGGGAGACGCGCAGAUGUUUGGCAAUUUUAAGAGAGACCGAGCUCCGUUCGUUCUGACACACGACAUGGCGUACGUGAUAAAUGGCGGCGAUCGGCCCACGCAGCGCUUCCAGCACUUCGUUGAACUCUGCUGCAUGGCCUUUAAUGUGGUGCGCGCGCAUCGCUCACAUAUACUAGAUCUCUUUGCUUUGAUGGCGAUGUCUGGUGUGCCGGGUGUGUCGAGUGCGGCGGUAGGCUACGUACGCGCCGCGCUGCUGCCCGCCGCUACCAAUGCUGAGGCCGCCGCAGCCUUCGCACGCCUCAUACACUCCUCGCUCAAGAGCAGAUUUACACCUAUCAACUUCUUUUUGCACAAUCUGGCGCAGCUAAGAGCGAGCGGAGACCAGAGCAGCAGUUCUUCUGAACUGCUUUCCUUCAUGCCGCGAACGUACACUAUGUCACAAGAGGGCCGGCUGGUCCGCGUAGAGUGCCUGAGCUACGAGAAGCGCUACGACCCGGAGAAGCACUACGUGUACGCGCUACGCGUGUACCGGCAGGGCCAGGCCACGCCCUCGCUGCUCUACCGCUCCUACAAGCACUUCACCGAGCUCUACCAGAAGAUAUGUCUGCACUUCCCACUCGCUAAAGUUCACGGAUUGCCGUCGGGUCUGCACGUGGGGCGGUCGAACACGCGGCAGGUGGCGGAGCGCCGGCUGAGCGACGUGCAGGCAUUCCUCACCUCCCUGUUCAACUUGGCGGACGAGAUCGCGCACUCCGACCUCGUCUACACGUUCUUCCACCCCCUGCUGCGCGACCAGCAGGACGUCGAGCCGCAGAGGAUGAAGCAUAGAAGCGAGUCUGCGGAGGGUGAGAGCAGCGGGUCGGGUUCGCUGAAGCUGUCUGUGCAGUACGCGGGCGGCGUGCUGGCCGUGCUCAUCCUGCACGCGCAGUCGCUCGCCGCCACGCCGCAGGGUCUGCCACCCAACCCAUACGUCAAGGUGUACUUAGUCCCUGAUCCAACCAAAGAAACGAAGCGGAAGACGAGGGUGCUGAAGCGUAACUCGCACCCGUCCUUCAUGGAGAUGCUGGAGUACCGGCUGCCGCUGGAGGUGGUGGAGACCCGCAGUCUGCAGGCCACCGUGUGGCACUACGACUCCCUGCAGGAGAACCAGUUCCUCGGUGGCGUCGUCAUACCGCUCGCCGCCUUGCCGCUGCGCGAGGAGACCGUCGCCUGGUACCCGCUCGAGUACAUACCCCGGUAGCUGCGGCUGUCCCGAGCGCCGCGGUAGCUGCGGCUGCCCCGAGCGCCGCGGUAGCUGCGGCUGCCCCGAGCGCCGGGUAGCAGCUACCUCGAGUAACGCGGCUGCUCCCGUGCCCGUCACACGAUGAGUACACCCAUUUGACAUAAUACAAUUAGCUAUAUAUCGUAUAUUUGUUAUGCAAUUAUAUUGCCUUUCGCCGGUGUUGCUUGAAAUCAUAAUCUUAAAUUAUAUCUUCUAAACGUUAAUGAAUACACAUACAUAUUAUAAAAAAAUUGAGUAUCAUAGUUGACACAUGGUAAAGCAUAAAACGCGAUAGGCGCUAUUUAAUUUCAAUUUAUUAUUGCGCUAUAUUUUAAUUUAAUUCAACAAAUAUUUACAGCACAAAUAUGUUCCGUGUAUGUAUUUUAAAACAUAGCAAAACAAACAAUAAUAGAAUUAUCUUUGGGAACUAAUGAACUGGUUGCAUGUGUAUUUUUUUACCGAGAAAUUUAUAAAUUAAAAUACAUAAGCCGUAAAAGUGUACUCGUAUUAAAACUAUUUGUAAAGUAUGUUUGAUAUAAAAUAUAUUUAUAUAUUAAAUAUUAAAGCGCACAUCAAAAAGUACGAUUACUUCAUUAUUGUAUUCAUACCAUAAAAAUGAUAAAUCUUCAGUUUUCUUAUUUAUCACAGUAUUUAGUAUAUACCGGUAAACAAAGACUGCAAAUCACAUAAAUAACUAAUACAUAGUAAUUAUAAAAAAAAACAAGUAAAUAUUUUAGAACAGCAUUUGUUGUUUAUAAAUUUGUGAUAACAUCAUCAUCACAAUACACUAUAAUAGAAACAUUCUAUCACAAAUUCCGAGUCACGUGGUUUGCGACACCCAGCCCGUACAUUAGCCCACGCUUACGCCCACUCCCCCACCCACGCCCACGUCCUCGCCCACACUUCCACCCACCCCCACUCCCGCGUCGCCCCUUCCGUCGCGUGUCAUGUUAUGAGUGACGAAACUAUUCCCUUUGUUUUUUUUUCUUAUAUAUGAUGAUUUAGUAAACACAGUGACGUCAUCAAAGAUAAGGACAAGUUAUUGUGUAUGAGUGGUAAAAAUUUGCAUUUCUUUUCUUUUGUAUAAAACUUUGAAGUUUAAUGACAUUUAAAUAAACUUGUUUACGUUUGGUUAUUCACCUAUACCUAGAUGGAUAACACUUAGACCUAGAUUGUUUAGACUAGGUCAUUCUUAGUUAUGCUUUUUAAUAUAAUAUGCGUUACAGACAACUAAUAUUUGAAUUAUUAAUAUCUUUAGAUAGGAUAUUUAAUCGAAAUUAGAUUAGAGUGCCAAAUGUUUGCUUCAUAAAAACAUCCUAUCGGUUUUAAAAACAUAUCAAAUAUUGAUAUAUUGGCUAUUCUAUAUUAUGGGCAUUAUAUUGGCCAAUUAGUCACAUUCCAAAGUUAAUCAUUUAUGAAUGAGGCCUUAUUGCCUUUACUAAAAAUUUUGUAAAAAAAAAACUAAAUGUGUGAAAUAUAUAAUUCUAUAAUACAAAUUAUGUAAUCUUUUAUUGAGUGGUAUAUUUUUGUAUAGCUUUAUGCUUACAUUUUGUACGUUAACUUGCCUAAAGCAUUUUACAUAUAGACGUAAAAAUAAUUAAAAUUUUACAUAACACAAAUGUAAUAAAACGUACAUAAUACUCCAAGUUUCAAUAACAUAAAAAAUACUAAUUAUAAAAAUGCUUACAAACUCUAUUGUAUUAUGAAACUGGCAUUUUAUUUAUUUUAAUUUUAUAUAUAAAUUCGGAGAAUAUUUUUUGUGUACUGUCAGGUUGAAAAGGU